AUUGAAAAGCAGUAGGUAACCUUGACGGAUGGCUGACCUUGGCGGCUAUGGAAAGAUAUGACUACUUGCUGAAAUUUUUAAUUAUUGGGAAUGCAGCUACUGGAAAGACAUGCUUGAUGAGAUGGUUCUUAGAAGGGAAAUUUAAACAGGAUUCUCUUCAUACUAUAGGUGUUGAGUUCGGGACUAAGAUACUCAGAGUUGAUAAUAAGUCGGUGAAGUUGCAAAUAUGGGACACAGCUGGCCAAGAACGAUUUCAGUGCAUUACACGGUCCUACUACAGGGGUGCUGCAUGUGCACUAGUAGUAUAUGAUAUUACUGACAGGGAGUCAUUUAAUGCAGUCAAUACCUGGAUUUCAUCUGUUAGAGACUUAGCUCUUCCGAACCUGACCAUCAUAUUGAUAGGAAAUAAAAUUGAUUUGGAAGUCAGUUCGAGAGAAGUGUCUGAAAUGGAAGGGAAACAAUGCGCAAUUGAUAAUGGAGCACAAUCAUUUUUAGAAACAUCGGCUAAAAAUGGUUCAAAUGUUCUUGAAGCGUUCACCGCUGCUGUACGAAGUGUUUUAGAACAAAUUCAAAAUGAUCCUCAUCCUAAUCAAAAAUCCUAUCCAGUUGGCAUUGGUCCUGCACAGUUAACUCUUCCUGAAUCAAAUGAAUCACCUGGGGAUAGAAAGUCUGCUAAACUGUGUUGUCGUACUUAGAGUGUUAGAGGAAGUUCGCUGAUGCUGAUAUUUUGAUUUGUAUUUUGCUUAUAAUAAAGAUUAUCAGUACAUACAUUGAACUCAACAAGAAUUUCUGUGAUAUUUUAUGAUUUCAACGUGGACAUAUACUAAAUUUGUAUUAUCUUUAAUUUGGUGUAACGUAUUUGACAAACUUGUAUACUAAAACAGUAGAGAUCUGUUGUUGUUGUUGUUGUUUUAUGUUUUUGGCAUUCUCUCUUUUCCUUUCCAAGUAUCC